AUGGGUCACCAGAUUCGCGAAAAAGGCACGAUUCUGAAUGCUGGAGCAAGAACGAGGCUUUUGAACGAGGUGGCACAGAAUUCCCUGCUUGGUAGUUGUGCUGCGGUGGGAGAUGCUCAAGAACAGGAUUCAAGAGCGAUACCGCGGCCAUUAACGACAGCGGAGUUGCUCCUAGGAUUGGGCGGAGGAGGUAGUGGAUCAUCUUCAUCUGCUUCGCCCUCGGAGAAUGAGGAAAGGAAUAAUGAUGGAAAGCAUGC